UGCAUCUUCGACGGCGUAAGGCGAAGCUGCCGCGGUAAAUCGGAGCGUUUAACACAGCAGCGAGCCACCAAACGCCCGUGUGACCGUGGAUCCGCCGAUAUGUCCUGACAGUUUCUCUGCUACGCUGACAUUUUCUCUUCACCAUUUGCUCGAUAGCACGGUUAGCCAGCUGGGCUAGCAAGGGCCGGGUACCGUGCUCGCUGCCUGCUUACCUCUAUAUAGUUAGUUAUCGAAAUCUUUGCAACUCCCCCAUAUAUAUUAAUGUCAGGGUAACAUUUAAACGUCGACGCAGUUCUUCUCCGUCCGCUUCUUGAACGUUAUACUGACAAUUUCCCUAAAUGUACAAAAUGGCUGAAUGUGACUUACAGCAGCCCGCUUACUUCUUGUCCAUAAAGCGCUUCGCAUCGCCUACUGCCAUCCGGCAGAUUAAGACGGAUUAGCAAAGUUUCUCCGUAGCUAAUAAUCACGCAGCAAGCAUAAAUGAAAAUGAGUUACGACGUGGCACCUUUUUUUUUUUUUUAAACCCCCCCCUUUUUUUAACCGAAAUUAAACAGAAUAAUGAGGCUAAUUGAGACGAAGUGACACUGUAAUUAAUGAUCGGUAAAUGUUAAAGGUUGUGCGCUAAUGAGGAUGGCGCCUCAUUGUUCUCCGUCGCCGCAGCGUUUUACGUGCUUUGCUCGGUUUGUUAUUAAUGGUCCCUCUUUGCCACGUUACUUUUCCAUUUUUCAAUACGCCAUUAACCGAAACGUACUAAUUUCCAGGCACUACCAGGCUUCAUCGCAGCAGUUGAAAUUCACAACAUCGGACUCCUGUGAUCGGAUCAAGGAUGAGUUCCAGUUCCUUCAAGCACAAUACCACAGCUUAAAGCUGGAAUGCGACAAGCUCGCCACUGAGAAGUCCGAGAUGCAGCGCCAUUACAUAAUGUACUAUGAAAUGUCAUACGGACUGAACAUUGAGAUGCACAAACAGGCGGAGAUCGUGAAGAGACUGAACGCGAUCUGUGCUCAGGUGCUUCCAUACCUGUCGCAAGAGCACCAGCAGCAGGUCCUGGGGGCCAUCGAGAGAGCCAAGCAGGUCACCCCCCCGGAGAUGAACUCCAUCAUCCGGCAGCAGCUCCAGGCCCACCAGCUCUCUCAGCUCCAGGGGCUGGCCCUCCCGAUGACCCCCCUUCCGCUGGGCCUCACCCAGCCCGGCCUGCCCCCUGUCACCUCCAGCUCUGGACUCUUCUCCCUCUCCAGCAUCCUGGCCUCACAGGCCCAGUUGGCUAAGGACGAGAAGGCCGCCCGUGACGGGGGAGACGGCCACCGCGACGAAGACGGCGACAAGUCGGACUGAUCCACAGCUGCCUGGCUUUGGGGGAGGGGGGCAGGGCUCUGCUUCCCUCCCCCUCUCCUGCUCGCUGUCUCUCUGCUGCUGUCGUCUCCUGCUCACCUUUUUGCUUUCUUUUAAAUUUAAUUUUUCCUUCAAAUUUCAUUUCUUGCUCACAUUUCACUUUUUCUUUUUUCUUUUUUUUCGUUCUGCCGGCUACUCUGGGGAUGGCCUGCCCCCCCCCCCCCCCCCCCCAGCCACCUGCCUAAGCUCUGACCUCCACUGCUGUUUUUUUAAUUCUGAUUGGCUGGUCUCUUCCCUGCACUUCCUUCCUGGUGUCGCUGUAGGCAGAGCCUCCCUGCCUUAGCACAUGUGGAGCCCAUGCUUUCAGAAGUAAGCAUUUAAAAAAUAGUGAAUAAAACAGAAGGUUAAUCAUACAUCAGCCAAUAUUUCACGAAAAGGGGUCAAAUGACCUUCAUCUUUUAAAAGCUCCCGUGUGUUCUUGGUUUGGGCUCAAUUUGGCCGAGGCGGUUUAAAGCCGUCGACGUGCAUGUAAUCAAAACAUUCGUAAGAUGAAAAGCACCUUUUAGCUGCUUUUCGCUGCCUCCUUUGUGUCUUUGUGCUGUCAUUCCAACUAACAAGAGACCCCAAUGUUUUUACUUUAAAAGGAUGGAAAUUACUGUAGAGAGAGAGUGACUUCAGCGGUGGUGUGAAAAAUGACUGGAUGCAACACUGUAAGUUUUUGUCACAAAACAAGAAAAAUUAUAACACAUGAUUAAUUGUUUUUUUUUGUAUAUAUAAAACACUUAAAGGUUUUCUUUCUGUAAAUGAAGGUGGGGGUGAAGCACUUUGGCACUGACCAAGGCAGAGGGGUAGUGGUGUCCGGGUAGGUGGGCAUACUGCUACACUGUAUAAUUGUGUGAACACGCAUUUCUGAGUAUUUCGAGGUGGGUAUAUGGUAAAUCCAUUUUUUACAUGUGGGUUUGUACCAUAUACCUGCAUAUACUCACCGCUACAGCUCUGGGCUGCGGUAUCGGUUUUCCUCCCAACUUCGUAAAAUCCUCUAGCUUUCAGGAAAGGUUAAUUUCCUGUCUGACUCGGUCUCCGUACAGAAACAUUCCACAACAUGAUGAUUUUUUUUUUUAACUGUCCCCGGUUACCAUGGGAACAUGCCUGAAAAUACUGGAUUUGUAGUAAAAAUGGAAGUCCGUGUGAUUUGCUUUAUUUUAUCGCAAGUGUGGCAGAAUAGACCUUAUCUUGCUUUUCACUGAGUUUUGGUUUAAUGCUUGCAAUCGGUUGAAGCAUAGAUUUGCCAUUAGCUUUUUCCGUGUGUUUUGAAGGAUAUUCGAUAUUAUCUCAUCCAGUUAACGUGGACUGUAAUCGCAUGGUACUUUAUAUUUUCCAUGUUAAGAUUCAUCAUGGAAGGAAGACAGUGCUAGGAUCAUAAGAGACAUUAUUACACAGACCAGGAAAUAAGCACUAUAUAUUGCUAUGUGGUAGGGUGCAAGAUUUUCAUGAGUCGGUAUUCUUCAUCUACGAUGUUUUCAAAAAAAUGAUACUCUGUUCACAAAGACCCACGAUGGGAGUGUUUAUUUUUUUUAGGACUGUAAUGACACCGGGACAUAUAUAUAUAAAAAAACCAACACGGACAAUUCUUUCUUCACUUCUGACAUCCUGGUUCAAAUUCUUUAUAAGUAUUCAGUAUCUUAGGUGCAGUAAUUUUGCAUGUAUUUAGAACUACAGAGAAAUUGCCACGGUAAAUGUUACGGUGACCUAGUUUUAAAUUGGUCGCUGUCCUAUGUGUACAUUUAUUUGUGCGUGUAUGAAUAUGAAAACACUGUACCUGGUAUGUGUGAGAUUAGUCCGAAUAAUCAAACUAACUGCUAAGUUACCUUGGACAGGAAUAACUGCAUUCAGGUGUGGUCUCUGUGUAGAAGUGUAAGGCAGUGCCAUUAUUUAAAUAGCAGAACACGAAUCCCUACUAGCGUUGUGAUUUACCUUUGUAUUCUGAGUCGGUCCUUUCCCAUCUGUGAGGUGUUAAAGUAUUAAAUGUAUGAUCUGCAAAGAAAGCAGGACGAUGCAAGACUCAGAGAUAUGAACGGUAUCUACUGUAUGUGUUGUGAAGAGGCAUCUUAUGUACUCAGAUAGACAUAUAAAGCAGAAGAUUGUGUGCGUGUUGACGGCAUCCGUAGUAUCUGUUUUUAUGAAUGGAUGUAUUGUGCUGGAAAAUGACGACGGUAACAAGGAGAACCUGCAUUCUCUGCAUUCCUCAUCGCUUUCUGGUCCCCCCUCUGCUUGCACAUCCACUCUUUUGAUGCCAUUGCAUAGAUCUGCGCGAAGGUCAUUAUCAUUCUUAUUUAGUGAUGUAUGUAAGCUCUUUUAACUCUGUACUUCUGCAAGUAAUUAUGUUUAGUGUUACAAAGACAACAUGUCCAUUUUAAAAUGAGGUGUGGACACAACUUUUGAAACGGUUUGGUAACGAUUUAAGUGACUCGAAAGUUCUGCAGUAAGGAAAUAUUUAAGGUGCCUUACAAAUAAAACAGUGGAAUCGA